AUGUCAAUUUUGACGGGGUUUCGCAAAUUCAUUAAGUCCGUCAAACUAAAUAAGGAACGAAAGAAGGGCGAGAAAACUCUCGGUUCAGGAAAGUCCGCUGGCACAGCUAGCCAACAAAGUCAUCAUGCAGAAGUUGAUUCUUCUGAACCUACGGAUUUUCCUGGUUUAGAAAAGUUUCAAUUGAAGGAGAAGCUCGGAGAUGGAGCCUAUAGCAAGGUAUACAAGGCGCAUUCUUUUGACCUAAAGGAAGACAUUGCUGUUAAAGUGAUCCGCAAAUACGAGAUGAAUCUGAAACAGCGAAAUGGUGUUCAUAAGGAAGUGAACAUAAUGCGAAGGAUUCAACACAAAAACAUUGUCACUUUGCUGGAUUUUAUUGAAGCGGAUGAUUUCUUUUAUCUUAUUUUGGAGCUCGCUGAAGGAGGAGAAAUAUUUCACAAGAUCGUUCAUUUCACUUACUUUUCCGAACAACUCGCCCGACAUGUCAUAGUCCAAAUUGCAGAUGCAAUACAACAUCUCCAUGAUGUAUGUGGCAUCGUUCACAGGGACAUCAAGCCUGAGAAUGUGUUAUUUAAGCCAAUUCCUUUUCAUCCUACAGAAAACUAUAAGCCGCCCCCUUUGGAUCCAAUUAAGCAAGACGAAGGCGUUUUUACACCUGGUGUUGGUGGAGGUGGUAUUGGAAAAAUUUUAAUAGGUGAUUUUGGUUUUAGUAAGGUUGUUUGGAACACGAAAACAUCUACUCCUUGCGGAACUGUAGGCUAUGCUGCACCAGAAAUUGUAAAUGACGAACUUUACUCCAAAAACGUGGAUAUGUGGGCUUUGGGAUGUGUCCUGCACACAAUGCUGUGUGGGUUUCCACCUUUCUUUGACGAGAAUGUUGGGUUAUUGGCAUCCAAGGUUGUGAAAGGAGAAUUUGAGUUUUUAUCUCCUUGGUGGGACAACAUAUCAGAAUCUGCAAAGGAUUUAGUUGCCCAUCUAUUGACAGUAGAUCCGAGAGAACGAUACGACAUUCAUCAGUUUUUUCAACAUCCUUGGAUUCGCGGUGAACCGAAGAUGCUUUUGGUUCCUUCCCAUAAGCCAAAAUUUUAUUCACGCUCUAUAGAUUCUACUUCUUCUUCGCCUGGGCGAAUGACAUCUGACCUCAAGGAACGACCAAAGAGAACGAUGGUUUCUCGUACAUCCAGUGCUUCUAUGCAUAAAUCACCAUCCAUCACUACAUUGAGUGAUGCAAUGAUGGUUGCAUACGAUGUUCGUCGCUCUAACUUUCCGAAGGGUCACCACAAGAAUGCCAAUUUUUCAAGGAUCAACUCGGCGGCGGACUUGAUUGUUGAAGAAGAUUCUGGGGAUGAACUUACAGGAACAAGUUUUCCCUUUAGUGAUGUUUCGAACAGUGAUGAGAAAGAUUCUUUUCAACUGGAUCUUGCUCAAUCGUCUCUCAUUUCUAGAAGAUCUGCCCGACGACAUCCAAUGUAA